UAUAAAGUCUGACAAUAAUUUUUAUUAUUUUUUAACUGUAUUUGUAAAAUUAAAAUUUCUUUAUAAUAAAAUGGAACGGACUAUAUUGCCCAACCAAUUAAAAACUCAAUAUCCUAUCAUAACUGCAGGUGGAACAACAUAUGAAAUUGCUGAAUAUUUUAUUAUUAUCCUAUCAUAUUUGUUUUUUAUCCUCACAUUUCCUGUUGCCAUUAUAUUUUGUCUAAAAACCGUAACAGUUUUUGAACGUCUUAUUGUUUUUCGUUUGGGUAAAAUCAGAAAAGAUGGAGUUAUGGGUCCCGGAUUGGUGUUUUUGCUACCGUGUGUGGAUGAAUAUGUAAAAGUUGAUUUACGUACACGAUCUUUUGAUGUCAAUCCUCAAGAGAUUAUAACAAAAGAUUCGGUAUCCAUACAAGUAGAUGCUGUAGUCUACUAUAGCAUACGAAAUCCUUUGGAUUCGGUGGUAAAAAUUUCAAAUGUUCGCGUAUCAACAAAAUUAUUAGCACAAGCUACUCUACGUACUGUUGUGGGUACAAAAGAUCUAAUGGAACUUUUAACAUCUAAGGAGGCAUUAUCGAAAACUGUCGAACAAAUUUUAGACGAAGCCACCGAAAAAUGGGGCGUUAAAGUGGAACGUGUUGAAAUCAAACAAAUUCAUUUACCUCGAAAUAUGCAAAGAGCCAUGGCUGCCGAACAGGAGGCUGAUCGUGAAGCUCAAGCCAAAUUAGCUGCUGCUCAUGGUGAACUAGAUGCCUCCAUUAACCUUAAAGCGGCUUCAGAUAUUAUGCAAUCUAAUCCUAUGACACUUCAGCUUCGUUAUUUACAAACUUUGAAUUCUAUAUCGGCCGAAAAUAAUCAUACUAUUAUAUUUCCUUUUCCGAUGGGUGUAAUAAGAAAAAUGAUGACAAAUUUUAGUGGUAAUAUUAUGAAAGAAAGUGGAACCAGUGAGCAUUGCUGCCAUGAUCCUCAAUGUUGUUUGCCCGGCUCUAAAGUCAAUAAAAAACUUCAAACAAAAAGAGAGAAUUUCGAUAGUGGAGUUUGAAAUUUGCAAACAAAUUUAUUCCAUUUUUUAUAAAUUUAACAAUUCCUUUAAAAUAUUUACAUAAAUUUCAAUGCCACGCAAAUAAACAUCUGCCUUAAGAUAUUCAUCAUGAUCAUGCAUCAAUGUUGGAGUAUUGUUCAUGGGAGAAAAACCGAGAGAGGGAAUACCAAUAUUACGCAAAAAUUGACUAUCAGUGCCACCCGUGAAAACAUGAGCUUCCAAAUUUAGAUUCCUUCAAUAAAAUCACACCAUUUUAAUAAAAAA